AUGCCUUCUGAUAUCAGGAGCUUCUUUGGCGGCAAGCCAGGUCAGAGCCCUAGCAAUGCCUCUAAACCUGCGACACCUGCGAAGAAAGAGGAUGCAUCCUCUACAAGAAAAAAACGUAGUCGCAAGGUAGUUGAUGAAAGUGAUGAGGAUGAGGAUGUUGCGCCUGAAAAAGCAUUGACUCCUAAAGCAAAGCCUAGGGGCAAACCAAAGCCCGAGGAGCCCAAGGGAGAGCCCACAACCACUUCGGACUACUUUGCCACCAGCAAGAAGCGCGGAAGAGCCCCCAAAGUAUCAGUUGAAGCGCCCGCCGCCAAAACCGAUACGACUAAGAGCAAUAGAACCAAAAAGGCCAUAACCAUUGUCGAAGACGAUGCCCAUGGCGAUGAUGACAUCUUCGCUAGUGAAUAUGGCAAAAAGAGAGAUGAUGAUUACGUCGCAGAAGGUGAUAGCGAUGAUGACGAUGACGAUGACUUCGAGAUUCUCGAUGUUAAACCGGCGAGCAAGAGGUCACAAAAGCAGACUGUUUUCGAUGACGACGAAGACGAUGAUUUAGUAAUGGAAGACAUGCCCAAACCUGCUCCGAGAGCAGCCACACGUGCUAGCCGGAAACGCAAGUCAUCAGCGAUCAUUGACAAGGACGAAGACGAAGACGACAUUCCCAAAGAGACUAGGAAGCCCGCGCCUCGAGCCAAGGCCGUAAAACCUUCUGGAUCACCAGCUGCCAAGAAGCAGAAGGCUGCUCCUAAGAAAAAGGCAGCAGAUGAAACGGAAGAUACGGCGAUCCAGGCAAUUUUUGACAGUAUUCCACAAAUCAAGGCUCCGUCACCACCCCCCGAAACUGCGGAGAAGAAGAAGUUCCAAUUUGGUGCCCAGCGUUCUCGCACACCACCAGUUACCGGAACCAGGGAUAUUCCUGUUGGCGCAGAGAAUUGCCUAGUGGGUCUGACAUUUGUUUUUACCGGUGUCCUUGACACCUUGGGCCGUGAAGAGGGCCAGGAACUAGUGAAAAAAUACGGUGGUAAAGUUACAGGAGCUCCCAGCUCAAAGACAAGCUAUGUCGUCCUUGGUGGCGAUGCCGGCCCUUCAAAGCUCAAGAAAAUUGCCAAUUUCAAGAUCAAGACCAUUAACGAAGACGGUCUCUUUGAACUCAUUCGACGCAUGCCCGCCAACGGCGGGUCUGGCAAGGCUGCAGAGGCAUACGAAGCCAAACAGAAAGCUAACGAAUACAAAAUUCUCGAAAUGGCUGCUGAGAUCGACGCAGAGGAGAAAAAGCAGCAGAAGGCUUUAGCCAAAGCUGCCCAAGCCAAUCCUGGCGUUACUCCGCAGGCAUCGCAGUCUACAGAUGUGGAUAGCCUUCUCUGGACUUCGAAAUACGCGCCAACUUCUACUGCGAUGAUCUGCGGCAACAAGGGCGCUGUGGAAAAAAUUCAAGUCUGGCUGAGAAAUUGGUUCAAAAAUGCUAAGAAUGAUUUCAAGAACGGGUCUUUUCGAGCAAUUAUGAUACACGGACCUCCAGGUAUCGGUAAAACGACCGCGGCGCACCUGGUAGCCAAGCUGGAAGGGUUUGACGUCGUGGAGACCAAUGCUAGUGACACACGGAGCAAAAAGCUCGUUGAGAGCAGUACCAUGGGCGUUCUCGAUACAACAUCCUUGCAGGGUUAUUUUGCUGGCGAUGGUAAGAAGGUUGAGAGCGGAAAGAAGAAAAUGGUUCUUAUCAUGGACGAGGUUGACGGUAUGUCCGCUGGUGAUCGCGGCGGAGUCGGAGCUGUCGCAGCCAUUGCAAAGAAGACCAAUAUUCCUCUCAUCCUCAUCUGCAACGAGCGGAGACUCCCAAAGAUGAAGCCUUUUGAUCAUGUUACGCUCGACAUCCCUUUCCGACGCCCGACUGUUGAGCAGAUCCGGGCCCGACUAUCCACCAUCUGCUUCCGUGAGAAACUCAAGAUUCCUCCUGCUGUUCUCGAUGCUCUCAUCGAAGGAACACAUGCCGAUAUUCGUCAAGUCAUCAAUAUGCUGUCUGCUGCUAAGCUCGGCCAGGACGGUAUGGACUUUGACAAAGGCAAGGAAAUGUCGAAGGCGUGGGAGAAGCAUAUUAUCUUGAAGCCAUGGGAUAUUGUCAGCAAGAUUCUCAGUGCUCAGAUGUUCUCACCGAGUUCUACCACCACACUGAACGAAAAGAUUGAGCUAUACUUCAAUGAUCACGAAUUCAGCUAUCUCAUGCUUCAGGAAAACUACCUCAGAACUCGACCUUCGCUUGCAAAUAAUUACCGCGAUAGCAGAGAGAAUAAGCUAAAACUUUUGGAGCUGGCGGAUAAUGCCGCCUCCAGUAUCAGCGAUGGAGACUUGGUCGAUCGCAUGAUUCAUGGAACGCAACAACAGUGGAGUCUUAUGCCCACCCACGCCGUCUUCAGCUUUGUUCGCCCGGCCAGUUACCAAUACGGAAAUAUGACUGAGCGACCCGCCUUUGCCAGCUGGCUUGGUCAGAAUAGUAAACAAGGAAAACUGUCACGAUUUGUCAAGGAAAUACAAGGUCAUAUGCGUCUCCGCACUUCCGGUAAUCGGGACGAGAUCCGUCAACAGUACCUGCCUUCUGUUUGGGAUAAAUCUGUCCGCCGAUUGAGGGACGAAGGCAAAGACAGUGUGGAGGAAGUUAUUGAAUUCAUGGAUGCCUACUUCUUGACCCGUGACGACUUUGACGCUGUCAUGGAGUUGGGACUGGGACCCAUGGAUCAGUCAAAGGUCAAGCUUGAGACUCAGACCAAAGCAGCAUUCACUCGUCUAUACAACCAGCGUUCCCAUCCACUUUCUUUCAUGAAGGCAAGUAACGUUGUGGCAACAAAGAAAGGACUCAAGGAGAAACCAGAUAUUGAAGAUGCUAUCGAAGAGUCAGACGAGGAGGAGGAUGUCGAGGUCAAGGACGACGAUGAAGAGACUGAUUUGAAGAAGGAUAAGUAUGUUAGCGUGCCAAAGAAGAAGGGUGCUGCCAAGAGCACCGCAAAGGGAAAGGGUACAAAGGCUACUAAGAGCAAGAAGAGCAAGGCGGCAGAUGAUGGCGAUGAUGACGGCUUUAUCGACGACAGUGAUGAGAAGCCAAAAAAGCCUCGUAAGCCUAGAGCCAAGAAGGCUUAA